AUGGGGAGUGACUUCAAGGUUAUUGUGAUAGGCGGCGGCCCAAUAGGGCUAAUCGCCGCCCAUGCGCUUCUCCGUGCUGACAUCGAUUUUGUGGUUCUCGAACGCAGAACUUCCAUUGUCGAAGAUAAAGGGGCUAGCCUCGUGAUAUAUUCGACUACGUUCAGAGUCAUGCAUCAACUCGGCAUUUUGGAGUCAUUGUUGCCUCUGGGAGGAGAGCUUGACCGUCAUAUGUCGCUUACCAAAGAUGGACAUGUGUUUAAUGAAAGCCCAAGAUACAGAACAAUUCGAGAGAAUCAUGGAUAUGGCCCUGUUGCUUUCGAUCGCGCGGAGGUGAUCAAAACAGUGUACAAUCUGUUACCAGAUCUCGCAAGAGAAAAGGUCUUGACAAACAAGCAGUUGAGCAACAUUGAGACAAGGGGUGAUGGGGUCGAGGUGACAUGCGUUGACGGCAGCGUCUACCGUGGAUCAAUGGUGAUAGGCGCAGACGGUGUUCACAGCAAAACCCGACAUUUGAUGCGCGACAUCGCUUUGAAAGAGGAUCCACUACGGGACUGGGAUCCAGAAGAGCCGUUCCCAGCAACUUUCAGACUUUUAUACGGGGCGUGUCCCGCGCCAUCACCUUCCGGCCAAGGGAACGAUAGCCAGUCACCAGGAAAGUCAGUCUCAUAUUUCAGCGGUCCGAAGCGUGGCUGGUUGUUCCUGAGUGAAAGACUGCCGGAACCAACCACCGAGCGAAAGCAUUACACCAAGAAGGAUAUUGAAGCCUUGGCUGCCGAGUUCGCAGACUUCCCGCUGAAUCGCACAGUCAAGGUUAAAGAUGUCUGGCCAAACAUGUUGGCCGUAGGCAUGACAGACCUCCAGGAAGGAAUUGCUCAGCACUGGAGUCUAGGCAGGAUUGUGCUCGUGGGCGAUUCUUGUCAUAAGUUCACGGUUCACAUCGGGCUUGGGUUUAACAAUGGUGUUCAGGAUGUUGUGGUGUUGUGUAACCGUCUACGAGAUGCGGUUCACAAUGCUCCUGAUCAAAACCCGAAUGCAUAUGCUCUUACGCAUGUGUUUGAUGAUUAUGAGAGAGUUCGAAAGAGCUCGGACAGCUCGCUCGUUACGGAUUUAGCAAAUUCGGGAUUAGAGACUCGUAUAAACACUUGGAGCAGCACAUUCCACUGGUUUCUUGCCCGAUAUAUUAUGACGAGUUCAAUUGUCGAGAAACUGGCAAUUCGCUUUGUUUUUGCGCGUGAGUUUCAAAAAGCACAGGUGUUGGACUAUAUUGAGGCAUUGGAGCCGAUGAAUGGGAAGAUGCCUUGGAUACACCCGAUGAAGACUUAG